AUGACGCUCAUCCAACAUUGUUGCGGCUUGUUUGUAGCUUUGAGAUAUCGUUUGGAAAGCGCAUUUGAAUGCGAAGGCGAUGAUUUGCAGAUAUCUACUGCGAGAAGCAAACUUUACUCGAAUAUUGUAUACAGUAUUCGAAGACACACAGAAGCGAUACAGUUUUCCCUUGCUAUCGAGUCAAUACAUAGAAUACCGCUCUUCAUACAUGUCGGAGGUAACAUAUCGCUUCUGAGUAUCUUAGGAGUUCAGGUGAUAACAAGUACGGAAGAUGUCAGUUACUUGUUGAAACAUACUAGUUAUCUGAGCGCACUUUUACUCAACACAUUCUUUGAAAAUUGGCAAGGUCAGAAAUUAAUAGAUUCCAGCGAAAAGGUGUAUGAAUCCGCUAAAAGCUGUAGUUCUGAUGAAGAAUAUGAGAUUCUCUUACAAGAAAAAAAGAAACGUGUUAUGCUGGCGUGGUCUACAAUGGGCAGUAGCAGUACUGGAUUAAGGAGUAGGCGUAGAAAUCGACCAAUGAUAGUUAAUUAUCCUCCUCACAUUCGACUGUGA